GAAAUACGACCAGUCAAAUUCAUGUAAACCCAAAAAUAGUGAUCACGCAAUGGAAAUGAAAGAUGAAAUGCCAAAUUUGUACGAGCACAUUCAAGCUGACAAGGCAACAGACAGAGCCACAGGAUGUAGCGCUGAUGAUGAGGUUAAGAUUUUAAGUACCUGUCUGCAAGAAGAAAAAGCUAUGUCUAGGAAUGCCGAUGAAAGACUUAGAAAAAAAACAGAUGAUACAAGGAAGAUUUCAACUCAGUCUGGCUCACUUAGACAACAGAUGGAGAAAAAAAUACCAGCCAAUAUAUCAAAUGCCCUUCUAGAGGCAUUCAAAGAUGAUGCUGAUUCGUGUGCAAGGGUACUUUACUUUUUGUCGAAAAAUGUAUCUAUAGAUUGUGCAGAGCCGUUUAUUAGGUCACUGCAGAGCGUGAUGUCUAAUGCGAUGGUAUUCAAGAAAGUGGCAGAAAGGAUGGCUGAAGAUACAAAAACUGCAGAGGAAGACCCACGGUAUCGACAAAUGAUGUGUGACGUUUGGAAUAACUUUCUGAAAGACAUAGAUAUUGAUGAUCCGGCCGGUGGUCGAAGAUUGACGUUAGCCAUCCGAGUGUAUGGUAAUUGUACUGGUGCACAGUUUUGUUUUAUGAGAGCAGUUUCUCGUCUUCCUCCUGAGAGUUUUAGAGCUCUUGCAACUACCGUCAGUGCAAUGGGUAGACCAUUGGCUCUUUAUGAAGGCAAAGCCAUAACCUUUGCACGAAAGACGCAACCUGUUGUAAGAGUUGCUUUCGAGAAAGUAUAUCUUGCCGCGAAUGUCAUCAUGAAUAUAAAGCGAUGGUGGAAAGGGGAAAUAACUGGCGUUAGAUGCGCGAAGAAUAUAAUAGAUUGUGGCGUACGGGUAGCUGCAGGCAUUGGUGGCGGAAUUGGAGGAGAAAUUAUUGGUGCAUCCGUUGGUUCCUUUUUCGGACCGGUAGGAAUAGGCUUUGGAAUGGUUGUUGGUGCCAUCGCAGGUGGAAUGCUUGCUGCUACAACUGCUGAGUCACUUUGUGAUCGGCUGACGCAGUGGAUGUUUGGCCUGCCAAAAUCAGAGGCAUUAGAAAAGGCAUACACCUUUCUCGGUACAUCAUGCAACGAUUCAAAUAGCGUUGUGAAUUCACAUUACAGACGUUUAGCUCUGCUAUACCACCCAGACAAAGGUGGUGACGCUGAGAAGUGGACAAGGCUACAAUAUUCAAUGGCCAUUAUAAAAGAGGCGAGAGGGGAACCGUAGGUAAUGGUAAUAAUUGAAAUGAAGUCUUGUUUCUGCAUUAUUGCUGGAAAUUUGUUUUUGUCAUUCGUCACUUUACUUGGUAAUUCAAUUCGUCGAGUACAAAGAGGUCGACUGUUUUUUGUUUAUUUUUGUAUUUUUUGUGUUGUUUUUUAUGCUGUAUAGAAGCACAUAUCAUUUGCAUGGACAUUCCUUGCAGAAUUACUUAACAUGCUAUUUGCAUCACUGCUUACUGACUCCUCGAGUGUUUUAAUGCAUGUGUAUAACAUGCAAGUGAUUUUGUAUUAUUUUUCUCUAUGUGUGUAUAAUAAGUGAUGGGAAUCAGGAUGACCAUAAAACAUGGUUAAGACAAUAUUCGUGAUAUUGCUGUAAUUUAUAUAUCUUUAUUAUACCCCCACCACAAAAUGUGGGGGGGGGGGCUAUAAUGGAUUCGCUUUGUCGCGUCGGUCGGACGGUCCGUCUCCAUUUUCGUGUCCGCUCUAUAGAUCCUAUACCAAUUGGAGGAUUUUCUUCAAACUUGGCUCAAAUGUUCACCUCAACAAGGGGAUGUGCAGAACCCAUGUUGCAUAUGUGUCAGCUCAAGGUCAAGGUCACAA